AUGGAAAACCGUCUCAUCCUCCGAACCUCAAUCAAUGAUCUGCCCACGGAAACUUUGAUUGAAGUCUUUGACAUUAUUCAGGAAUCGACCAAACAUCCGACGCAGCCUUGGUACUACACGCCUCACGACCCUCGGAAGCUCUUUCCAUGGGGGCCCGCAGCGGUUUGUGUCCGAUGGUUUAACAUCCUCACCGAGGAUGACCACUACUGGCGACGGGUCGGGGAGUACGAAGAUGGAGAAGACGCCGUGAGGCCCGGCAUUACCAUUCUCGUUGAUCUUCCGACGGCGACGCCACCAUACCUUCCCCAGCUCCUCGCAGCGUGCCCUCGAAAGGUCAAGACGGUGCAGCUCUUAACCUCCAGCCACUCAAAUAUCACCCCCGCACAAGAGCAGCGGCGCACCAUGCAUAUCAUGCGCACACUCCGUGACCUGAGCGUGUCUGGAGAUUUGGACUGCUUCAACUACCAAGACAGCGCUCUCUUUCUCCUUCUCUCCUUCCGUUCGUCACUCGUCGCCGCUAGUCAGUUUAUCGACGCCUCGUGGAACGACAUCUCGGACGUCCGACUUCUGGGCCUUGUUGCGGCCAACGCUGAUUUUACCGACCCGCUACGUAUUGGCGGAGGCACUGUGCCGACAUUUUCCCACCUUGUUGACAUCGUGGUCGACGCAAGGAGCUUCAUGAGCCUAGUGCCGUACUUCGAAGACUGGACAGCGGAAGCCGGAGGUCGGCGAGCAGGAUACCCUCAGAGGGUUUCGUUAAGCGGGCGGACUCCCUAUACAAUAGUAAUCCCAAUCGGCGUUAGCAUUGCAGCAUACCUUCCAUACCCUCCUGUUGCCGUAUCGGGAGUACGGCGGCGAGAGUUCAUGCGAGCUCUCGGGGAUUUAUCUAGCAUGAGGAAGCUCGUCAAUCUCACCCUCAAGGCUGUGCAGUUUGACGAGGACAUCAACGAGCACGUCCAACCACCGAUGCCACUCCUCGGACCCGAUCGAAGAGAUUCCCUUCUAGAUGUCAAGACGUCAUUAUGUUUGAAGAACUCAGAAUACGACAAUGGCGCUCUGGUGGCUGAUACCCUAGGACGUAUCCGAUAUGCGACUUCGGAAUUGUGUAUUUCCAAGUGUGCACUCCCAUCCGAGGAACUACUCGCUUCAGCCCUCAUGCGCAGGGACUCGAUGGUGGAACGAUCGCCACGGACAGCGUACGGCUCGAAACUCACGCUCACUGACAUCGACUCCGCCUCGCACGGGGACAUGCGUCCCGUCCUCGCUCGGUGGUCCGGCCAAGAACUUCACAUAACAGACUGCCCGCAGAUUCCUGACGACGUCUUCGAUGCCAUGGCAGUUAAAUCCGUGGAGGGCGCCCCAGAUGUCGUAGAAGCGAGGGCAGAGCUAACGCAGCUCGAUGCCGUAGAGUACACCACCGAUGACGUGCUUAGAGCACACGAUGACCCCGAGCACUGGGUGAACAUGCAUCGGAAGAAGAUUGCCGAGCUGAAGAAACGAAUCAAAGCCAGGGAGAGGGCCUUCGAGGACAGCGCUGUUUGUCCACGCUUACGCUCACUAUAUCUGUCGCGGUCUAAUUUCUCAUGGGAUGCUCUGCGACGUAUGCUUAAGACUCGUCAUCGCAUCCGCAACGUUAUCGUGCACGAUGGUCCACCAGUCUCCGAAGAGACUUGCGUCUGGUUCAAGAACCAAUAUUUCUCGUUUGAGGGACGUAUGGACAACGAAACAUUGUAA